AUGCCUUCAUACGCGGGAUUGACGGCCAGUGGAUAUGGGCCUGGCCCGAGUGAUACGUCUCAAGACGUCGGGGAGAGGGGGGAAAGGGGCUAUCGGCGGAGGAAGCUCGCGGCCAUGGCUGGAAACUUGUAUCGAAGCGGACAGCAGGCUGUUACGGACCUUCGAGACUCGUACGUGCAAUCAAGGGGCAGGGGCUUUGACGAUUUUGGGACAGAUCAAAGCACACAUAUCCCCGGUGCGUUCCCAGAUGUGGCUAUUACCUCACAAGGGAACGAGCAGAUGGUUUUGUUUCCCUCGUAUGCCAAGAGACACAUUAAACGAGACUGGACACGAGUGCCGCGGAAUCAGCCUACGGAUCAAUCUGAAGUACAGAACGAAGAUUGGUGGCGGCAAGAAUGGGAGAAGCAUGAAGAUGAGAAAGCUGUCGUCGACGUGGAUAUCAGAGGAUGGAUAUACUCACCCCAUGUCGGCCCCAUGACGAGAAGGAACCGCAUUCUCAUCGGUUUGGCCCGCCAGUUGAGUGGAAUUCCAGCCCCAAAAGAGGACCAAGGGCCUGGUCCUUCUGCUAGUGGUGAACUUAAGACCCAACAUCAAAUACACGAUGAGAUACACGACCAGGAAAAGAUUGCGCGAGAGGCAGCCAUGAUCGAGAAGCGCGGGCAACAAGAAAAGCAUGUUGCUCGUGCAGGUGGUUACAGCGAGCAACCUUCAGAUGGCAACACACUCGGUGUUGAAUCGGCUCGCUUUCGAAGGCGCGGCAGCUAUACCCCCGAAUCUGCACCAUCGAGUCCAAGCCUUUCGGCUCGACAACCGUCUGGCCUGGGCGAGCUGACCGAUGCCGAACUGGCCAUCGCAAAUGCAAACUUGAUGGGUCGUGUUGCACCUUUUUUGACGAACCCAAUGGUAGCCAUGCCAAUGACCAUCUUCUUCUACAACGAGACCAGGUCCCAAUCAAAGACAGUCCUGACGGAUGAUGCUGGCCAUUUCAACGUUCGAGCGGCUCUAGAAUUCAUUCCCACUCAUGUCAGGGUACUCGCAAACGAGAAGCUCUCAGCUACGCAAGAGGUCAAGAUUACAGAACCUGCGGGUGUGAGCUUGAUUAGUGACAUUGAUGACACGGUUAAGCGUUCCAACAUCUCAGCGGGCGCUCGCGAAAUCUUCCGCAACACGUUUGUGCGAAAUCUUGGCGAUAUGACGAUCGAGGGAGUGCGGGAGUGGUACACAGAUAUGCACAAGUUGGGCGUGAGCAUGCACUAUUGCUCCAACAGCCCAUGGCAAUUGUUUCCUGUGCUGGCAAGCUUUUUCAAAAUUGCUGGCCUGCCUCCAGGGUCCCUUCACUUGAAGCAAUAUAGUGGAAUGCUGCAGGGCAUAUUCGAACCGGUGGCCGAGCGCAAAAAGUCCACCUUGAAUCGACUUGUCAAAGACUUUCCAAACCGAAAGUUCCUUCUAGUUGGCGACAGUGGCGAGGCGGAUCUCGAAGUGUACACAGAACUGGCGCUGGCUAAUCCAGGUCGCAUAUUGGCCAUAUUCAUUCGAGAUGUGACGACACCAGAAAUGACUGGGUACUUUGACCCUGCUUUCGACUAUAAUCAACGAAAGAUGUCGAGCAUGACGCUGGACGAUGGUCGCCCGGGGAGCGUGAAAUCAACAAGCCGACAGAAUUCAGCGCCAGGCACUGCAGCAGAAGCAAAGGCAGCCUCUGGACCUGUCAUGGGCACACUGAUUGACUUUUCUGACGAGCCGGAAGAAAUGACACUAGACGAAUCUGCCGCUCUGGCGCAAGUGAAGCAGGCCAACCCGGCACGGAGACCAAGUGCUACAGAUUUGCUAGGGGCACGGAAACCGCCCCCUCCACGACCAGCAAAGCCGGCGGCGUUGCGAAGCGCACCAGCUCACGCGAAUGUGUCCAAUGUGACAGCCAAAGCGGACAUGCCACCGCCGAAACCAAAGAGACCUCAAGGCUUAGGCCUGUCUGGGCUGACACCUCUUACAACGAUACCCAGCGCCGGCCAGGAAGGAGUACAGAAUACUAAGAGCUCAUCUACACCUGCAUCGCCGGAGCAGAAUCCAGCACCUCCUCCUCUGCCGAGACGUCGAUCUGGCCUUAAGAGUCUUAGCCCGCGUCUUUUUGGCAGAGGGGGAUCGUCGUCAAAUGCAGACGUUGACUUUGAACCAUUACCACCAUCCGCUGCUGCGCCGCCACCACCACCCUCAUUUGGGUUCAGUUACUACCGAUCAGGAUCACGUUCGGGGUCCACAACACCGUCCGGCUCUCCGACACUGGGUGCUCAGGGCGUGAACAAGAAACUAGAAUUGUGGAGGAGAAGACUUGCCCGGGCCCACGAGCAAUUGGAUAGUCAAGGGGUUGCUCUUUACACGUGGCGCACGGGACAUGAUGUUGUUGCUGAGGCUGUGGGCAUCGUGAAGUCGGCGCGGGAGGAGAUGAAGAGAAAGAAGUGGCGAUAG